UUCCUUGCCCCUUGACAGAUGUGGAAAUGAAUAAACGAGUGCAGGAGUCCCGGCGAUUUCUCCGACGCUUCAGAUCGAACCCGGACUAUGUGAUCACGACUGAUGAGACCUGGUUAUACUUUAGAGAUCCAGAAACCGAGGCACAGUCUGCUGUUUGGAGGCAAGCAGGGUCGCCACCUCCAGUGAAAGCCCGUGUAGGACGAUCUGCCGGAAAACAGAUGUACAUGAUGUUCGCCGACUGCAGGGGUAUGCUUCUAUGCCAUGCAGUGCCAGUCGGGACUACCAUCAAUGCAGACUAUUAUUCGAAGGUGCUGAAUCGAGAUUUUAUCCGGGCGCUGAGUACUGCAUCACGAUAAUGCAUCGUCGCAUACGGCAGCCUCCACACAGCUCACAAUAGGUGUCAUAAGAUUUGAACUCCUGCCUCAUCACCCAUAUUCCCCGGACCUUGCUCCGUUUGAUUUUUCAGUGUUCCCAGAUUUGAAACG